GCCGAGAAAAUGCAGGAACAAGCUACGAGUUCUCUUGCGGCCAGCUCUUUACCUUCUAGUAGCGAGAGAUCUUCUAGUUCUGCUCUUCAAGCCGAAGUAAAGGAAGAAGAAAAUGGGAGGAAGUUUGAGGCCUUUUUAUUUUGUUCGUUCCGAAGUAAGCGAACUAGUUGUUUCUCGAAUUCCAUAUGAUGAAACAUGAAUUCGUAUCCAGCUACUAUCUUUCUGGGUAAUUUGUAAAACGUUGGGAACUUCCCACCCGGGUUUUGUAGAAUGAAUGGAGAGUGACGAGGAGAUCAGAAGAGUGCCAGAGAUCGGCAGUGGGGACCCGGCGGGCCCAUCAGCCUCCGGACGAGAGGCAGCUUUAGUGGCCGGUCCCGACCGGGUUCAGGCCUCAGGCGAUGGUCAGAGAAAAAGAGGAAGAAGCCCGGCUGACAAAGAGAACAAGCGGUUAAAGAGGUUGUUGAGGAACAGAGUGUCAGCACAGCAAGCAAGGGAAAGGAAGAAAGCAUACUUGAAUGAGCUAGAGGUGAGGGUCAAAGACUUGGAGAGGAAGAACUCUGAGCUUGAAGAGAGGCUCUCCACCUUGCAAAAUGAGAAUCAGAUGCUCAGACAUAUAUUGAAGAACACCACAGCAAGCAGGAGAGGAGGAAGUAGUAAUAAUUCAAACGCAGAUGGGUCUUUGUGAGAGAAAGAGAGAGAGAGAGAGAGAGAGAGAGAAGGGUGGGAGAUUGUGCAUUUUCUAGUUUAUAAAUUUAAACAUGAAAUGGCACCAAAAGUAGAACCUUGAGAAACGCUUAAAUCUUGAAUAAUUAUUUUCCUUACAGCC